AUGUUCGUGCCCCAGACCCCUGUACCUCCACUGCAAAGAGCUGCUGAUGUAACCCCAGUGUUCAACCAGAUAUUGAUGAAUGAACAAGAAGAAGAAUACGAUGGCCCCCCUCAAAAGGAAAUUCCUGGUUUAAUUGUCUGGACCCUUGGAGGAAAUAAUGUAUAUGUUGAAGGAUCAUGGGAUAACUGGAAAUCAAGAAAAGCCAUGCAAAAAUCUGGGAAAGAUUAUUCUCUUUUGCUGGUACUCCCAUCAGGAGUUUACCGAUACAGAUUUGUUGUAGAUGGAGAAAGGAGAUGUCUUCCUGAUCUUCCCUGUGAAACUGAUGCAAUGGGCAAUGCGGUUAACCUUCUUGAUGUUAAUGAUUUUGUCCCUGAAAGUGUUGAGAGCGUGGCAGAAUUCGAGGCACCUCCUUCUCCAGACUCUAGCUACAGUUUCCAGGCACCUGAGGAGAAGGACUUUGCCAAGGAGCCUCCUGCUCUUCCAUCUCAACUCCAUCUCGGUGUUCUUAACUCACAGAACUCGGAAGAAAGCUGCGCGCGGCCGCAGCACAUAGUCCUCAAUCACCUCUUCAUAGAGAAGGGCUGGGGCGCUCACCCUCUGGUGGCUCUCGGCCUAACCCACAGGUUCGAGUCCAAAUAUGUAACUGUCGUCCUGUACAAACCCAUCGAACGAUAG